UCUCUCGAGUCUCGACCUUUAACACAAACAUAUACACUCGAACUCGAUCUUCCUCUAUUUCUGCAACGGCAAGCAAAAAUGAAGCAAAAGAUGUUGAUUAAGGUGAACAUGAACACUGACAAGUCCCGAUCCAAAGCGUUGAAAACCGUGGUUGGGCUUUAUGGGGUUGAAUCAGCAGCUCUUCAGGGGAAUGAAAAGGAUCAGUUAGAGAUUGUCGGAGAAGGUGUAGAUUCCGUGGACCUUACAAGACUUCUUCGUAAGUACGUUGGCUAUGCCGAUUUGAUUUCCGUCGGUCCGGUGCCGGAGAAGAAGCCUGAACCGCCUGCAGCCGUAGUAGCAGCUAUGCAGGCCACUCCCCAGAUGCCGGUUUGGGUAUAUCAAUAUCCGACCAUUAAUCAGCCCUAUAUUUAUGAUGUCAGAGACAGUACUGAGUCCAACUGUUCCAUCAUGUAAAUAUAUUGAAGAAGAAAUCCAAGAACAGGGAAAUUGAAGAGAAGAAGAGGAUGAUAUUUUUUUCUCUCUCUACCUAGUUCAAAUGAUCAAUUAGGUUCCUCUUUAUUCAUUCUCUGUUUUCUCAUUUGUUUUCUU